AUGUCUAAACCUUUCCAGCCUAUAAGUGAUGUGAUCAACACGUCGGGCACCCGACACGCCCACCAGAGUUUCAACGAAAUCUACGGCGAGCCAGAAAACUUUCUCGAAAUCGAGGUGAGAAAUCCUCAAACCCAUAUGGGGAAAGAAUUGUAUACUGACUACGAAAUCGUCUGCCGCACCAAUAUACCGGCAUUCAAAAAACGAAAUAGCCGAGUAAGAAGAAGAUAUAGAGACUUUGUCAAUUUCAAAAAAAUAUUAGAACAAGAAACAACCAGAGUAAUAAUACCUUCCUUACCGGGUAAAAUCUUACUAAAUUCAAACAAGUUCAACGAUUUAAAUAUCGAGAAAAGAAGACAGGGUUUGGAAAAAUUCUUAGUGAUUGUCAGUGGCCAUCCUUUGUUGCAAACCGGUUCCAGAACUCUAAUUGACUUUAUUCAAAAUGAUCAUUGGGAACCCAAAAAUAUAUAUUAUUAA